AUGUCGCUAGCUCUUAGGUUUGGUGCAGUGGCUUCGCUACAGGAGUCUCUUUUGGGUGCAUUACCACGUCUUCCUCAAAUCUCAAUCCGUCUUGGUCUUUCAUCACUGCCACUGGGCCAAUGCAAACAUGAGCUCGAACACGAACACGAACACGAACACCAGCAGCAUAUGGAUCCCCGUUUAGCCGAACUCCAAGAGCAAUUGGAAAACUCGGACUCACAGAGUAUGCCAUUUAUGAUUGAUAACGGUACAAUUUUGAAAGCCGCUCCUAAGAAGAGAACCUCAUAUAGAAGAAAGAGAAUGAAGCUCUACAUGCCAGGGAACAAGCAAGUGCAACCUUUAUUCAACAUUGUGCGCUGUCCUGCUUGUGGUGCUGCAAAGAGAUCACAUUUUAUGUGUAUGAAUUGUUUCGCUGAGAUCAAAACUUUUUUGAAAAAAUUGAAACGCGAGGAUGGCUUGAUCAAAGACCGGGAGUUGAAUCCACAAAAGGAUAUUAGUCCCGUGGAUGAAAGAGUUAUUUACCCUGGAAAAGUAGAGAGUGCACACGCGAGAGAAUUGAAGAAGGGUGAAUGGAUUCCAAAGAGAGAAGAGGCUGUGCUUUAUAGCAGAGAGCAUAUGAUGAAACGAAAGAAUAAGAACCGAAACUAA